AUGUCUACAUCAGGGACGCUGAGUUAUAAUGUAGACUCUCUCAUGCUCUCUGAGACAGAGGAUCUUAUAGCACCAAGAUACCCCUCGGACCCUGAGCUCCAGCAAACGAGGCAGCUGGCGCUCACUGAACAUGGCGUGCUUGAACCGUGUCCGUUCCAGGCGAAAUCGACCAUAUUCGGGGCAUCCUGGAGCCCUGUGCCGUCUCAGCCUCAGAGCAGCUUGUCCUCCGUGUACCAGUCCUACGCACAUCCCCAUGCUCCGACAGGAGAAGCCGACGGAAUGUUUAUGCGAUCUUGGUUAUUGGAGCCAAUUUCUGGAUCGUUACCUUUAACCGGAGCACCAUCAAACAUGCACUACGAUAUCAAACCCGAGCCCCUGAUCACGAGAGGUGAUUGCACGACGUUCGAUACGCUGCUUCUCUCCGAUUUCAAAAACGGAUCAUCCCCUGCGGGCCAGGAUGGGGUCUCCAACAAGACCACUUUCCCCGACCCUCAGGAAGAGAGCCCAUCCACCACGGAGAAGCCAGAUAUUGACCCAAAUAACCCUUCGUCCAACUGGCUUCAUGCGAGGUCCACGAGGAAAAAGCGCUGUCCGUACUCUAAGCACCAGACUCUCGAACUGGAGAAAGAGUUUCUAUUUAAUAUGUACCUCACCCGAGACCGUAGAUACGAAGUCGCAAGACUCCUAAAUCUCACUGAAAGACAAGUUAAAAUAUGGUUUCAGAACCGCAGGAUGAAGAUGAAGAAAGGCAAGAAGGAUCGAGCGAAAGAUGAUUGA